AUGGAAACCAAAUUUCUAGUUUCGCUCAUGUUCCUUCAAGCAAUCAUCAAUGGUGUUAAUCUGCUCAGACCUCCGGAUCAACAUGGUUCUAAAUGUAGUAAAAAUGGUGAUCUGAAUUCAAAUGUGCUACUAAAAUCACGAGAUGUCGCACUUGAUGAACUCUACAAAAGCUUUCGACUUCCAUUCACUGGUGCUCAAAGGAGCAAUAAUGGUGGAAUUUGGGCCCAUGCUCUUUGUCCCCCCAAAGAGAAAAUGGAAGAGUGUCGGGAGUGUGUCAAAGAUACCAUCGAUUUUCUUAAGAAAGACUGCCCGAAACAAAAGGAGGGUGCGACUUGGUCAAUCUUUCCGCACUUGUAUUGCAUGGUUCGUUAUGCAGAUCAUCCAAAUCAAGGAAAUCUAGCCGAAUGGGCUUGGGUUCAAUUCAAUGCCCCACCACCAGCUGGUCCGGGUAAUGCUACUGCUGGUGAGUUGGAGAAGGCGUGGAAUAAUCUGGCAAAUAUAAUAAUGGAAAAGGCAACCAGAGUUAAAAACGUUGAGCGUUACUGGUAUGGGUCUCUACUUUAUGGGCCACAUCCCCAGAAUUUCUAUGGGACCAUGCAUUGUGCUCCUAAUAUAUCAGAUGUGAUCUGCAAGAAAUGUUUAUCUGAUGGAAUUAAGCAGCUCAAUGAGUGUUGUUGCAAAUCAAGAAAACAGUCUGGAAGGACAUUUUCUGUUAAUUGUGCCGUUUGGUAUUCACAUGCUAAAAUAACUCCUGACACACUUCUGACCAUCUCCGCCCCAUGA